AUGAAUCCAGAAUACGAUUACUUGUUCAAGCUCUUGCUGAUUGGCGAUUCCGGCGUCGGUAAAUCCUGCCUCCUCUUCCGUUUCGCGGACGACACGUACCAAGAGUCGUACAUCAGCACCAUCGGCGUGGACUUUAAAAUCAGGACGGUUGAACUCGAAGGGAAAACGAUAAAAUUACAAAUCUGGGAUACCGCCGGGCAAGAACGGUUUCGAACGAUUACGAGCUCGUAUUAUCGCGGCGCGCACGGGAUUAUCGUGGUGUACGAUGUGACGGAUCAGGAAAGUUUUAACAACGUGAAGACGUGGUUGAGCGAAAUCGAUAGGUACGCGAAUGAAAACGUGAACAAACUUUUGGUCGGGAACAAAUCAGAUUUGACGAGUAAGAAAGUGGUGGAUUACGCGACCGCGAAGGCGUUCGCGGAUGAGAUUGGGAUUCCCUUCAUGGAGACGUCGGCGAAGAACGCGACAAAUGUUGAACAGGCGUUUGUGACAAUGGCGAAUGAGAUUAAAACGAGGAUGGCGAGUCAACCGCAAGCGGCGAGCGGCGCGAGUCGAGGAGCGACGAUUAGGCCGGGGGAGGGGAGACCGGUGAAUGCGAAGAGCUCUUGCUGCUAA